AGAAACAGUUCCGGCACGGUUGUUGGCGGCCGCGGGUACGGGCAUGGUGGCGUCCGCCCGGUAGCGCCCGAGUACAGGUCGGUGACCUCGCUGUCCGCCUUCGCGUUGGAUUGGAACUUUGCCGGUUCUCCUGGCCAGCCGCUUGUGGCGGACCUGACUUGUAGCUUGUUGCCUAACAGGCUUACUAACCCAAGACAGUAUAGAAAAUGUAUGUUAAAUCAAUCAUUCUCGAAGGAUUCAAGUCCUAUGCACAGAGGACUGAAGUCAAUGGUUUUGACCCCCUCUUCAAUGCGAUCACUGGUUUAAAUGGUAGUGGAAAAUCCAACAUAUUAGACUCCAUAUGCUUUCUCCUGGGCAUCUCCAACCUGUCGCAGGUGCGGGCUUCAAAUUUACAAGAUCUCGUUUAUAAAAAUGGACAGGCUGGAAUUACCAAAGCCUCUGUUUCAAUCACUUUUGAUAAUUCUGACAAAAAGCAGAGUCCGUUGGGAUUUGAAGCUCAUGAUGAAAUCACAGUAACAAGGCAGGUGGUUAUUGGUGGCAGAAAUAAAUACUUAAUCAAUGGAGUGAAUGCCAACAACACCAGAGUCCAAGAUCUCUUUUGUUCUGUGGGCCUGAACGUUAACAACCCUCACUUUCUCAUCAUGCAGGGCAGGAUUACGAAAGUAUUAAAUAUGAAACCACCAGAGAUAUUAUCCAUGAUUGAAGAAGCUGCUGGAACCAGGAUGUAUGAGUACAAAAAAAUAGCCGCCCAGAAAACUAUAGAAAAAAAGGAGGCUAAGCUGAAAGAAAUAAAAACGGUACUGGAAGAAGAGAUUACUCCAACGAUUCAAAAAUUAAAAGAGGAAAGAUCUUCUUACUUGGAGUACCAGAAAGUAAUGCGGGAGAUAGAGCAUCUGAGUCGUUUAUAUAUUGCCUAUCAGUUUUUGCUGGCUGAAGACACCAAGGAACGCUCAGCUGGGGAGCUAAAGGAAAUGCAGGAUAAAAUAUUAAAGCUUCAAGAAGUACUAUCAGAGAAUGAAGAAAAAAUAAAGGCUCUCAAUUGUGAAAUAGAAGAAUUGGAGAAAAGAAAAGAUAAGGAAACUGGAGGCAUACUCCAGUCUUUAGAGGAUGCUUUUGCAGAAGCUCAGCGAGUUAAUACUAAAUCUCAAAGUGCAUUUGACCUCAAGAAGAAAAACCUAGCUAGUGAAGAAACCAAGCGUAAAGAGCUAGAAAAAAAUAUGGCUGAGGAUUCUAAAGCAUUAGCAGCAAAGGAGAAAGAAGUUAAAAAGAUAACAGAUGGACUGCAUGGCCUUCAAGAAGCAAGCAAUAAAGAUGCUGAAGCUUUGGCUGCUGCACAGCAGCACUUCAAUGCUGUUUCUGCGGGCUUGUCUAGUAACGAAGAUGGAGCAGAAGCCACUCUGGCUGGGCAGAUGAUAGCCUGUAAAAACGAUAUCAGCAAAGCUCAGACUGAGGCCAAGCAGGCUCAGAUGAAGCUGAAGCAUGCCCAACAGGAACUAAAGAGUAAACAAGCAGAAGUUAGGAAGAUGGACAGUGGCUACAAGAAAGACCAAGAAGCUUUUGAAGCUGUGAGGAAAGCUAAAGAAAAACUUGAAACUGAAAUGAAGAAGCUAAAUUACGAAGAAAACAAAGAGGAAAGGCUUUUGGAAAAGCACAGGCAGCUGUCUCGUGAUAUCAAUAAUCUAAAAGGAAAAUAUGAAGCUCUCUUGGCCAAGUUUCCCAAUCUUCAAUUUGCAUACAAGGACCCAGAGAAGAACUGGAAUCGAAAUUGUGUGAAAGGACUUGUAGCUUCUCUGAUAAAUGUGAAAGAUAAUUCUACAGCCACAGCUCUGGAAGUAGUGGCUGGGGAACGACUCUACAAUGUUGUAGUAGACACAGAGGUUACUGCUAAGAAGCUACUAGAAAAGGGGGAGUUGAAGCGUCGAUACACAAUAAUUCCUCUCAAUAAGAUUUCAGCCAGAUGUAUUGCUCCUGAAACUCUGAAGGUCGCUCAGAAUCUUGUUGGUCCUGACAAUGUUCAUGUAGCUCUUUCCUUGGUUGACUAUAACCCAGAACUUAAGAAAGGAAUGGAAUUUGUCUUUGGUACAACAUUUGUUUGUAACAAUAUGGAUAAUGCCAAAAAAGUGGCCUUUGAUAAAAGGAUAAUGACCAGAACUGUAACCCUUGGGGGUGAUGUAUUUGAUCCUCAUGGAACAUUGAGUGGAGGUGCUAGGUCCCAGGCAGCUUCUAUUUUAACCAAGUUUCAAGAACUCAAAGAUGUUCAAGAUGAGCUGAGGACCAAGGAAAAUGAACUGCACGCUCUAGAAGAGGAAUUAGCAGGUCUUAAAAAGGUUGCUGAAAAGUAUCGCCAACUGAAACAGCAGUGGGAGAUGAAGACAGAGGAGGGAGACUUAUUGCAAACUAAACUUCAGCAAAGCUCUUAUCAUAAGCAACAAGAAGAAUUAGAUGCCCUUAAACAAACCAUUGAGGAAAGUGAGGAGACAUUAAAAAGCACAAAAGAAAUCCAAAAGAAAGCCGAAGAAAAGUAUGAAGCAUUAGAGAAUAAAAUGAAAAAUGCAGAAGCUGAAAGAGAGAAAGAACUAAAAGAUGCUCAGAAAAAACUGGAUUGUGCCAAAACAAAGGCAGAUGCAUCUAGCAAGAAAAUGAAAGAAAAACAACAGGAGGUUGAAGCUAUCACUCUGGAGCUGGAGGAGCUCAAAAGAGAGCAUGCAUCUAAUGAGCAGCAGCUUGAUGCUGUGAAUGAAGCCAUCAAAGCCUAUGAAGGUCAGAUUGAAAAAAUGGCUGCUGAGGUCGCUAAAAAUAAGGAAUCAGUAAAUAAAGCUCAAGAUGAGCUGAUGAAGCAAAAGCAAAUAAUAACAGCCCAGGACAACAUAAUUAAAGAUAAAUGUGCAGAAGUGGCAAAACACAAUUUGCAAAACAAUGAGUCUCAGCUUAAAAUUAAGGAGUUAGACCACAGCAUAAGCAAACAUAAGCGGGAAGCGGAUGAUGCUGCUGCAAAGGUAUCCAAAAUGUUGAAUGAAUAUGACUGGAUUAAUGCUGAGAAACACCUCUUUGGCCAACCUAAUAGUGCCUACGAUUUCAAAACAAACAACCCCAAAGAAGCUGGCCAGAGACUUCAGAAGUUACAGGAAGUAAAAGAGAAACUAGGGAGAAAUGUCAACAUGAGAGCUAUGAAUGUGCUGACAGAAGCUGAAGAGCGGUAUAAUGAUUUGAUGAAGAAGAAAAGAAUUGUAGAAAAUGACAAAUCCAAAAUCCUUGCAACUAUAGAAGAUCUUGACCAGAAGAAAAAUCAGGCCCUAAAUAUUGCUUGGCAAAAGGUGAACAAAGACUUUGGCUCUAUUUUUUCUACCCUUUUGCCUGGUGCCAAUGCUAUGCUUGCACCACCAGAAGGGCAGACAGUUUUAGAUGGUCUGGAGUUCAAGGUUGCCUUAGGAAAUACGUGGAAAGAAAACCUAACUGAGCUUAGUGGUGGUCAGAGGUCUCUAGUGGCUCUCUCACUAAUAUUGUCCAUGCUCCUCUUCAAACCUGCUCCAAUUUAUAUCUUGGAUGAAGUGGAUGCGGCCUUGGAUCUUUCUCAUACCCAGAAUAUUGGACAGAUGCUGCGGACUCAUUUCACACAUUCUCAAUUUAUUGUGGUAUCCCUCAAAGAAGGUAUGUUCAACAAUGCAAACGUUCUCUUCAAAACCAAGUUUGUGGAUGGUGUUUCUACAGUAGCCAGAUUUACACAGAGUCAAACUGGGAAGAUUCCGAAGGAAGCAAAGUCUAGGGGAAAAGGACCCAACUGAUUGCAUGCAGGUUCAGAGUACAGACUUCUCGCCUUGACUUUUUUACUCGUGAACUUUCAAGAAUUUGGGAUCCAAGUUGUUUAUAUAAUAAUGUUAACGUUAUUUUCAUAUGUAAUUCUUUUUAGCACUGUUCAAAGAGCAGAUUCCUCUUUUCUUACGUAGUGUGCUUAUGGUCCAAUUAUUGUAGUUGUGAUUGCAGUCAGCUUUUAACUAGUUUAAUUUCUAAGUACAGUAUUGAGUUUUCUUUUGCUUAUAAAAUCAUUUGGAUAAAGGAUAUUUGUAAAGAAAGUCACUGGACCAAUAAAGGGGACACAGUAAUUAUGCAUACACUGAGCUAUUUGAGGUCAGUCCUGUGGCGAUACCAUGCCAGAUCCUUGGAUGGGAAAUGGGUCUGGAGACAGUUUUUCACUUUAGCGAUGUUGGACUAUCAUGUUUAUGUAUGUUUAAUAAUUGAUCUCCACAAGCUUGAAAUUUGAGUGUUUUUUAGCUUUGAGUAUUUUAGUAGAAGCUUGGGAAGAAAUGUGUUAUUACCCAGUAUUACACUUGUAUUAUUCUAUCUAAAGUCCUGUAAUAUUUUUUAAGAUUUCUAUCAGACUUCUCGUAAUUUAAUCAAUAAUCUUUUAGUGAAUGUAGGACCUAGCAGAUUAACUGAAAAGUAUGUUUUAUAAGAGUCUGGUGAAUGUAAUAAGUCUGCCUUUUCUACCAGAAAACCUCAAAGCUUCAUGAUUGAUGAAAUUCUUGGUGCCUUCUGCUUGUCCGUGUCAAAGGUAGAACUCCUUUAGAAAGCAGGAGGGGCCCAGUGCACACCCCGAGAUCCUGCAGCUCUUACUGUCUCUACGUACAUUUCCACAUCAGCACCUCAUGCUUGUAAUCCUCAGAGCUCUAAUGUGAUCUGAUUGGAUUUUACAGAUUUGGCCCCAUGUUUCUUCCUGAUACUUACCCUUUAGUUCCUUGAUGUUCUACUUUCUUUGUUGUGUCAUACAGGCCCUGAGUUGGGCAUUUCUCAACCUUCAUUAUAUAUAUAAUCUGUGAUGUUAUAUAGACCUUAAGUAAUUUGUACCCUGGAACAUUUUGGGAAUUAUUCCAUCUGGAGUGAAGAGGCAGUAAGCUGAAAAUACCGACUGAUGCAUAGUAUGAAUCUCAGAUAAUGGACCUACACAAUGUUUUGUUUUCCAAGGGAUUAUAAACUAUUGGUCAAAAUAGUUGUUUAUUUACACUGUCACUGAUAAUGGUAUUCUAAUUUGAUCACAAUCUAAUCAAUGCCAGCUGUUAAUAUUUUGUAUUAGGCAGUUAUAAAAUAGCAUUGAAUUAAUGUCUUAACAAGCUUAUA